AUGGAAAAGAGAGCUAAUGAAACGUCCUCAUAUACUGGUGAACUAAAGAAGCAGAAGAAAGCUCUUUCAAUACCUGUAAGUGAUUGGCCUGAAUAUUUCCAAACCUUAGAGAAAAUUCAUUUCAGGAUUAACACUUACUUCACAUUUCUAUGUUCAAGAAAGCACCUCGUUACUACCUGGGAACUAAUCAAGACUGCCCCCGAAUCCGCUUUAAAACGACAAGUCACCUUAGAAGAAGGUGCUCAGAUUGCCGCCCUAUUACCUGACAAUGUGAAUUUUGAGUACAUCGACGAGAAUCAGAUUCAUACCGAAAAGAAACAGUUUACCUAUAACCGGGGGUGGGAACAAAAAGAGACAGAUAUCUUUCAGCUGAAGGACUCGGAUUCAGACUUGAAUAUGAGCAAACAGAUUUUGAUAUUUGAGUUUGUGGAUGGAAAAAUACGAAAAGAACGGGAUGGAAUAUCAAGGUAUAGUAGUGCUAAUGCUCUUACUACUCCCACAUUCUCUCAGGAUUCUAUGAAAAAGCUCAUUAGUAAAAGAAAUACUAAUUUUGAGAUCAAGGUUUCUCAAUUCCUUCAUAAGUGUUACGACAAUAGCUUGGACCCUCAAGAUGAACUGAAUCACAUUGCCAAAGCUUAUAUUCCUACCACAGCUACUUACCAAGAUCCUAUUGAAGAAAUGGUAUCGAAUUCAACGAAAACCCCUUCUCAACCUUCCAAUGAGACGAGAGAUCCUAUUCCUGUUAUCAUUGAUCAUCUCAAACAAACUCCCUUUUAUCGAGAUCAGAUAUCCGACAAAGGUCUCUUCCACUUACAGCCAAAGGAACCUGUCUAUGAGGAACUUGACUUUGACUUGUCCCCCGAGAUUUGGACAGGUAUUACUCACACGAAAAAAAUUAAUAAGUUGUAUUCACAUCAGGCAGAAGCUUUGAACAGCAUCUGUGUUCAUAAGAAACACGUUAUCAUUUCCACCUCAACUUCAUCAGGAAAAUCUUUGAUUUAUCAGAUUCCAUUACUAAAAGCACUUCAAGAGACAAACGGGUUGGCAACUGCACUCUAUGUGUUUCCUACAAAAGCGUUGGCUCAGGAUCAAAAGCGAUCAUUGAGUGAAUUGGUAAAAUCAAUUCCAUCUCUAUUCAACACAGUCUUAGACACUUAUGAUGGUGACACUGAGAAAUCAGCUAGAUUGUCCAUCAGAGAACAUGCCAGUGUGAUAUUUACAAAUCCUGAUAUGCUACAUUCCUCAAUUCUUCCUAGUCAUAAGCAAUGGGUCCCUUUUCUUAGAAACUUACAAUAUGUUGUCAUUGACGAAUUGCAUAUGUACAAAGGUCUUUUUGGUGCCCAUGUUGCCCUGAUCAUGAGAAGGCUACGAAGAUUAUGUUCAAUAUAUGGCAAUGACUCAGUUCAAUUUAUUUCAUGCUCGGCUACCCUGAAGUAUCCAAUGGCCCAUAUGCACAAUAUAUUUGGUAUAGACGAGUCGGAUUGCCAGCUUAUUGUUAAAGAUGGAUCUCCUUCAGGUGGGAAAUACGUAGUGACAUGGAAUCCUCCGAACUUGAUGAGCCGAACUUUAAGUCAACAAGAUGGAAAUAGUACUAGAGAAUCAUUCAUUGUGCAAACAGCCAAGGUUCUCGUUCAACUGGUACUGAAAAAUGUCAGGACAAUUUGUUUCUGCGUAGUUCGACGAGUUUGUGAACUCUUAAUGAAGGAAGUCCGAAGUCAACUGAAAUCUAUGGACAAAUUGGAUCUCGUCACUAAAGUAAUGAGUUAUAGAGGUGGAUACUCGACCUCAGACAGGAGAAAGAUUGAAAGGGAAAUGUUCAACGGAAACUUGAAAUGUAUCAUUUCGACAAACGCUUUAGAAUUGGGAAUUGAUAUCGGUACACUUGAUUGCGUGGUGAUGUGUGGUUUUCCCCUCUCUAUUGCUAAUUUUCAGCAACAAAGUGGUCGAGCCGGAAGAAGAAAUAAGGAUUCUCUUACCAUUGUUGUUGGCAGCGAUGAUCCUGUCAACAGACAUUACAUGAACAAUCCUCAAGAGCUGAUCUCAAUGGAGUACCAAGACCUAAUUUUAGAUUUCUCAAAUACAGCAGUGCUUGAAUCUCAUCUUCAAUGCGCUGCGUUCGAAAAACCGAUUGAUGAUCUGGAUUGGGAAGCCAAAUGGUUUAGUGAUUACAAUCAAGACCAGAUUGAAGAGAUUCUGGCGAAUAGACUAGAUUUUCUGGAAACUUCCCCAGACUAUCCAGAGCCUGCAUAUCAUGUAUCUUCAAGAUACCUACCAUGGCCUCCAAGUCACGUUUCUAUACGGGCAAUUGAAGAGGAGAACUAUGCAGUUGUUGAUAUUACUAAUAACAGGAAUGUUGUCAUUGAAGAAGUUGAAGCAUCAAGGACCAGUUUUACACUUUACGAUGGUGGGAUAUUCAUUCACCAAGGUCUGCCGUAUAUUGUUCGAGAUUUCAACUCGGAUGACAAAUAUGCCAAAGUUGAGCGGGUCAAUGUUGAUUGGAUUACUUCACAAAGAGACUUUACAGAUGUUGAUCCUGUUGAAGUAGAAAAGAUAAGAUCUUUAAGAAAUGGAUCCGAUGUUCCAAUAUAUUUCGGAAAGAUAUAUACCACUAUUGUGGUAUUUGGAUUCUUCAAAAAGAAUAAAAUUGGAGAAAUCAUUGACGCCGUGGAAGUCAAUAAUCCACCUAUAGUCAUCAAAUCAAAGGGUAUAUGGAUAGACAUUCCCUCGAGUGCCUUAGAUUUCAUUAGAAUGAAGCACCUUAAUAUCGCAGGCGGUAUACAUGCUGCUCAACAUGCCAUAAUGAACAUUCUACCCCUGUUCAUCUUGAGUGGAGUUGAUGAGAUUCAGACCGAGUGCAAGGCACCAGAGAAAGAGUUUGCCACAAGACAGACCAAAAGGGUUAGACCAGCAAGACUUAUCUUUUACGAUGCAAAAGGAGGUCAAUGUGGUUCCGGACUCUCCACCAAAGCAUUUGAGUAUAUUGAUGAUAUUUUGGAAAAGGCAUUAAACACUGUGUUAAAUUGUCCCAGUGAAUGUGAAUGGGGAUGUCCUAACUGUGUAGCAGCGCCCUUUUGCAAAGAAAAUUCUCUGGUUUUAUCGAAACCUGCUGCGAUCAUCAUCCUAGCCACCAUUUUGAAGAAAACGAUUGACCUAAAUUCAAUACCCUCAGGGCCAGAACCCUUUAUGCCAGAUAUACAAAUCGAAACGAUAGGUGAAUCCACAGAAACAGUCAAGCUUUCAAAAGAUAUUGAAAUUAUUGAUGUUCGAAAAGCUUCUACUCCAUUAGAGGAAGUACCAAAGGAUGAAGAGAUUGUUUUCCUCGGAAAAAGAGCGAUACACAAUACUCCCAGCACCAUUAAAACAGAAGAAAAUCCGUGA